CCGUUUUUGCUGCCAUGUUUAAGCACACCGAGAUGGCGGAAUCGCAGCAGAAGCGUGUGGUCAUUCAUGAUAUCGAACCGCACGUCUUCGAGGAAGUUCUUCGAUUCAUCUACACGGACACCGUUCAAGGGCUGGACAAGCUGGCUCAUGAGCUGCUGGCAGCGGCCGACAAGUACGCGCUGGACCGUUUGAGGAACAUGUGCGAGGAAUGUUUGGGCAAAAAUCUGUCGGUGGAAACGGUCACGAAAACGCUACACCUAGCGGACCUGUACCACGCCAAGCAGUUGCAUCAGCUGGCGGUUCAGUUCAUUGCCAAGAACAUCAAGUCGAUGCAGACGCACGAUUGGAAGGACCUGCUCACGAACAAUGCGGACGUUGCGGCUGAAAUGUUCUCAGAACUUACUAAACUACGCUAG